UGUUUUUAUUUUCUUUUGCAAUCUCGUUUAUGUUCAGAGAAGCCUGGGCCUUUCCAAUCUACAAAACUUGGUAAAGAACCGUCUUAGAUUGUGGAUCUCGCUCAAACUAAUGAUAUAAAAUAAUGGUGUUGCCAGGAAGAAGUCAGUUCAGUUUCAGACUACGAUUUUCAAACACUGCCAAAGCAGUCAGAAUUCAUAAACAAGCUACUGAUUUACCAUAAGCAAGUAAAAAAAUGAAAGUAUUCGUGUUUGUCGCUUUUUGUCUGGCAGUUGCUGCAGCAGUACCAAUUGAAGUUUUUGAAGACGAAGAUGGCCAAGAAUACUAUUUGGUGCCAGUUAGCCGUGAAAAGAGACAAACGAAAUGGGGCAUAUCCAACUCGGGAGCAGGCAUCAGUCACACCGGCACGCUCUUCCAGAAUGACCACCACCAAUUAGAUGGCACAGCCUCGGCAGCGAAGAACUUCCCGUCACACGGGCUCAGGCCCGACCAGAUUGGUGGCCGCUUGGACUACACGCACACCCCUUCUGGUUCCGGAGCGUUCGUCCAAGCCGACAGGACGCGCAAUUGGGGAACUGACGUUGCUGCAGGGGGCAAAUACAACAUCUACACCAGCCCGAAAAAGGACUUCGGAGUCGACGCCACUGCUCAGUACCAGAGACAUUUCGGUGGUCCAGGGGGAGCUGGACGCCCUGACGCUGGGGUCUUUUUGAACGCCCAUGCAGACUUCUAAACAUAACUAUACUCGUCGUAUUUAUUUUCCAUUUCUCAUGUUUUAUCACCAAAAAAUUAAUAUAAUCAUUGAUUGUUAUUUUU